AAAAGAAUUUCGAUUCCUCCUCAAAAGUAUCAUAAGCAUUUCAAGCAGCAAUAGGCCAACAAUUCCAGUUCAUCACAAAUCCAUCACCCAAACCUCAAAUCGAAAAAUCAUGCAAGCUACGAAGAUUAUCAUUUUCCUCGGAGCAAUUGUCGCCAUGGCACACGCAGUACCCGUAUCUCUUCACGGAGGUAAUUUCCAGUAUGGGAAGGCUGUAAGCAACUCGAUCUCAUCCGCCGACCAACCCCCCACAUCAUCCGCCCAGAAUGCCUUCCUGAACGUCGUCAGUGGGGACAGUCUUGCCUGGUGCGGAGGCUACACGGCGCCCGAAUGCAGCAACGCCUGCUACUGGCUCGGCUACCGAUGCUAUCGAUGCACAUCCAGCUUUUGCGAAUGCUCACAAUCUGGGUGCUAAGUAAUUAAUUUGGUAUUAACCUGGUUACCUCGCAACUUUUUUUGUGCAGCUAAUAAUUACUUUUUAAACCUAUUUGUGAUAAUAAAUUUUAACCGAAAUUGAACAAUAAAAAUUUAUAUGAAAAUGAAACUGA